AUGGCAAAGAAUUUUGUGAAUAUUAAAGAGUUGAAAACGUAUACAAAAUCUUUUAAUAAGGGAAAGGCGGUAAUUAAAAACAAUGAAAUUGAGAAUAAUUUUCACAAUACUAAAGUUCCUUUAAGUACUCAGAACGCUGUUAAGUAUCUUCUAGAUGGAACGUUAAGGUUACGAGUCUGUAGGUACUGUCUUAGCGUCACCAGCGGUUUAUCUGAACUUGACGAGAUUCUUGUGCUAGCGGUCAAUGACUCGCUCCAUGAAGUUACCAUAAGAGACAUGAUCGCCAGCUUUCAUCCUUAUAAGGUUUCCGAAGAUCGUCAUUUUCCAAACAAAAUAUGUUCAGAUUGUCUCACUCAUACCAUCGGUUGUUAUCUAUUUGCCCAGCAGUGCGAAAGAUCGGAAAGAGCUUUACGUAAUUGUUUCGACGACAUGUACGAUAAGCUUGAAAAGCUUGACCCUCUCGAACCUGUUAGAAAAAGGGGUAAAAGGAAAACGAACCUCAACCAUAACAUACUUUACACAGAACAUGAAGACGUAAUCAAUUAUGCCGAACCAAUAAUUAAUUUAAUCAAUGUCGAUUUGAUACCACCGAGCGACGAUAAAAUAAGCGAACUGGAAUGCCAAAAAUGCGCUCAAGUACUACCGAGUACAGAAUCUUUGCUAAACCACGAAAAAUCCCAUCCGAAAUCGAUGUGGUAUAACUGUCGUUUGUGCGGUAAAUCUUUUGUCAAACAGUUUCAUCUGCGGAAACAUUUGAAAGAAAAUCAUAUUCCCGGAGAGGAAAUUGAUCAAAAUAUAACCAAUGAGCCUUUCAAAUGUAACACAUGUGGUGUUUCUAAUAAAACUUUAGUCGAUCAUCUACAGCAUAUUGAGAAACACAAGUUUAAAGAAACAUUCCAAAAUAUAAUUGAGCGUAGAACAGACGACAUGUGUUCUGUUUGUAUGAAUAAGUGUUCUAGAAUGGUGGAUUUGAGUGAGGUCAUACAUUUACAUGGCGGGUAUCCCGAAUUAACAGGGGAUAAGACUAUCAAAAGUAUUUUACGUACAUCUAUACCAGAAAUUACACUUGAUACCUACACAGGAACAAAAAUUUGUGAUUCGUGUCUAAACAACGCGAUAACGUCUCACAUGUUUAUAGUUAAAGUUAAUUAUAUUAGAAAUAGGCUGCACACGUGUGUUAGUCUAAUGUUAGGUAAUUUAGAUAAUAUCGAUCCAAAAAAUAAUAUUAUGGUAGAAAUAUCUCAACAAACAAUACUUCCUUCGUUUAAAGUCGAGGACGAUUUGUUAGAAAACGAUGACAAAAAAAUGAAAAUAGAGGUCCUCGAAGACGAAUUUAGAAUAAGUUCAGAAUCGGAAAGCGAUUUCGAUGAACUAGAAAAAUCGGAAAACAACGAAAUAUUAGAAAAUCCCGCUAAAAAUGUCACUAAAACGUACGUAAAUAAGAAGUUAGUAAACGGUUACCAAAUUAAAUACGAGGCUGAAAAUGUGUUUGAUGAUAUAUGUAGCGAAUUUUUAACGUUUAAAAAGAAAAAAAAUACGCGUAAAUACACUCUUAGAUGUAAGUACACUUGUCCGUUCUGUAAUAAACAUUUCAUAUCAGAUUAUUUCCUCAAAAAACAUAUAUUGAAACACGUUCACAAAAAAGUGCAGUGUGAUUUGUGUGAUAAAAAAUUUAAAUCGAAGUUUUACCUAUUCGAACAUAAAAAAAUGGUACACGUUCAGAAACACGAAAACUUUAUCAGUUGCAAAGUUUGCGGAAGGUCAUUUUUGAGCAUAAAUAAAAUAAAGUCACACCAAAAAUGUCACAAAAUGAAACGGUGUCAGUUGUGUGACAAAAAUUUCAAGUCACAGAAACAUUACGACGUACACAUGCAAAGACAUGCUGUUAAAUUUAACAUGCACAAAGAUAGAGACGUCCAAACAUGUAGUUUUUGCGAAAAGGCUUGUCCGAACGAAAAUGAACUUUCACUGCAUGUGAAUAAGAUUCAUCUUCAAAUUAAACCUUAUAGUUGUGACAUGUGCGAUAAACAGUUUUACACUGAGUACAAUUUGACAAGUCACAAAAAAUUGCAUAGUUUAUUCUCGAAAGAAUCUUGUGUAUUUUGCAAUAAAGUUUUUAAAUGUAGGAAAGAUUUAGUUGUCCAUGUUAGGAAACAUAUCGGAUCUAAGCCACAUCAGUGUCCCGUGUGUAGAAAAUCAUUUUAUUCAGAUAGUAAAAUGAAAAGACACAUGAUUGUUUUCCAUGGGGGUAAAUAUUGCUGUCGCCUUUGCAAAUCCGUGUUGCCUAGUCAAAUAGAUCUUAAAACUCAUAUAAACGUUGUACACAGUACAAUGUAGCAUUUGAAUAUACUUUUUUUUAUGAAAAAGUUCGUAUAAAAAUAUUUUUUCAUAAUAAUAUUGUGCCUAUUACAGUCUAGCAAAAUGUUAGCGAAAUUAGUAAGAUAGUUUCAAUAAAAUUAUCUUCUAAAAGAUACAUUUUUUUAUGAAUUUUUAUUUUUAACUUUUUUUUUAGUCCUAAGAACACUAAUUAAUUGAACUUUUUUUGGUAUAAUUUUUAAAGUUUGUUUAUAUCCAUGGUAAUGGGUCAUAGUUAGAUUAUUAAUUGAUGCGUCAAAGGAGUACUUAUGCUAAAUGAAAUUUAGGAAUUUUCUGUGUACAGAUAAACAAAAACAGCUCGAAAAAUCUUAAUAAUAUAUUUUUAAAACUAUUUUAAAUUUUCUAAACCUAUAAAUUUUAUUAAAAUGUCUUAGCAUUAUCAACACCUUUUCCUUAGAAACUCCGAUGUUAACCUACGAAAAAUCUAGAUGGCGUAGUAUUCCUUUGAUGUGUCAUUUACAUAUUUAAAAUUUUAAGAUUUGUUUCAACCAAAUUACUUGAAUAAGUAUUUUCUUGAUUGUACACAAAAAAGAAAUGUAAAUAAUAACAAAAUUAUAGUGGUUGCAACAAAUAUUUUAUUUUAAGCACAAUGUUAAACUUGUUAUGUAAUAAUGUACUAUUAUUAAGAUAUAAAUAAAUUAUAUAAUAAUAA